AUGACAAUUCCUGCACCAACGACUCCUCUGGCAACUACAACAACAACUCCACGGGUGACUACAACAACGACUCCUCUGGUGACUACUACGACGACUCCUCUGGCGACUACCACAACGACUCCUCUGGCGACUACAACAACUACUCCUCUGGUGACUACAACGACUCCUCUGGCGACUACUACGACGACUCCUCUGGCGACUACAAUAACAACUCCACUGGUGACUACAACAACGACUCCUCUGGUGACUACAACUACUCCUCUGGUGUCUACUACAACUUCUCUGGCGACUACAACAAUAACUAUUCUGGUGACAAGUACCACGAUUCCUCCAACGACUAUUUCAACGACUCCUUUGUCAAUAACUACAAGGCCUCUUCUGGUAACAACUACAUCGACUCCUGUGUUGACUACUUCAACGACUCCUCUGGCGGCUACUUCAACGAACCCUCUAGAGACUAGUGCAAGUCACCCGUCAGUUCAUACAACAAUGCCGCAACCGACAAAAAUUCCUUUAGCCAACUUUACAACAAUGGAUCCUUUGAUCACUAAUUCAGCCGCGACCCUUUGGAAAGAUACUUCAACAUCGACUCUCUUGAAGACUACUGCGACACGUUUGACGGUCACUACAUCCCCUCUAACGAAUCCAACAGCUACAAUUCAGCCCACAGCAGUGACAAUGAACAAACUUACUACUCCUAUCACGACUAUUCUUGCAAAUUCUGUCCAAAAUGAAGCAACGACAACUUCAAAAACUAUUUCCACGACUUCCAGUGUUAAUCUGGCAACAACUCCCAAAAUUACUCCUACGCCAUUUGCAUUCACCGAGGCAACGCAAACUAUGGAUACAACAGUGCGGCCAGGGGACACAACAGUAGGGCCAGGGCACACAACGGUUGAGUACACAACAGUAGGACCAGGAGACACAACAGUGGGGGACACAACAGUGGGGCCAUGGUACACAACAGUGAGGCCAGGCGUCACAACAUUGGAGCCAGGGGACACAACAAUGGGUUCAGGGGGCACGGCAGUGAGACCAGGGGACACAGCAGUGGGGGGCACAACAGUAGGGCCAGGGGAAACAACAGUAGAGCCAGGGAACAUAGAAGUUAAACCUAGUGCACCAACAGAGCAGAGUGAACAGAAUACGCAACGUACAUCGACAGAAGACUCUCCUAAAGACGGAAUACAUGGGGGGACAGACGAAUCUACGAAUAACGGCGGUUCCGCUGACUCCUUCUCUCAUGACGGAUCAACCGGAUCUUCAUCUGGUGGUAGUCUCUCUCUGGACGGAUUGCCAGGUAUUGAAUAUCCGGAUGGUACACAAUCCGACGGU